CAUCUGUAGUCUUUCGCAUCAUGUCGGAAGAGAAUCGUACCUCAGUGACUCAAGCGAAAGAUGGGCCUGUUCAAUCUGAAAACACAAUUUCUGGCAAGACAUUUGGAGGUUCGGAAAGAAGCCGUAACCGACAAAGUAAAGAACCUAUCAUGGAAGGAGCGCUUGAGAUAGGAGAUCACUACAUGGUCCGUCGUUCCGAUGACACUUGGCAUCCUGCGGAGAUUAUUCAAGUUCGCCCGUGCGAUCACGACGUAGGAAAGUGGGAGUACUACGUUCAUUACGAGGGAUAUAACCGUCGUCUGGACGAAUGGGUUGACCGUGACCGGUUCAACUUGUCGUCGUCGCAAAAGGAGGAGCUGAAGAAUCCGAUGGGGCAAACAGACUGCAUAGAGCAGUCGGACCGAAAAAUUACACGCAACCAAAAGCGGAGACAUGAUGAGAUCAAUCACAUUCAGAAGACAUACGCCGAAAUGGAUCCGACGACGGCCGCGCUUGAGAAAGAGCACGAGGCGAUCACAAAAGUGAAAUAUGUUGAUAGGAUACAAUUUGGUAAAUAUGAAAUAGAUGCGUGGUAUUUCUCACCCUUCCCCGAGGACUACGGAAAAGUGCCAAAGCUCUGGAUCUGCGAGUUCUGUCUGAAGUACAUGAGGCUGGAGAAGUCCUACCGUUACCACCAGAGUGAGUGCAUAUGGAGACAGCCACCUGGCAAAGAGAUAUAUAGGAAAGGCACAGUCUCCUUGUGGGAGGUGGAUGGCAGAGAUCACAAGAUAUACUGCCAGAACCUAUGCCUCCUGGCCAAGCUCUUCCUGGACCACAAGACACUGUAUUUUGACGUGGAGCCGUUCAUCUUCUACGUGCUGUGUGAGGUCGACAAGCACGGCGCACAUCUGGUGGGCUACUUCUCCAAGGAGAAAGAAUCUCCUGAUGGGAACAAUGUGGCCUGCAUCCUUACCAUGCCACCUUACCAGCGCAAGGGUUAUGGAAAGUUCCUCAUCGCUUUCAGCUAUGAGCUGUCAAAGUUGGAAGGCACAGUCGGGUCUCCCGAGAAGCCUCUCUCUGAUCUGGGCAAGCUCAGCUACAGGAGCUACUGGUCCUGGGUGCUCCUCGAGAUCCUCCGAGAUGUCCGUGGAGCCUUGUCUAUUAAAGACCUUAGCCAGAUGACCAGCAUAACACAGGGUGACAUAGUGACCACACUGCAGAGCCUCAACAUGGUGAAGUAUUGGAAGGGCCAGCACGUGAUCUGCGUGACACCCAAGCUCGUGGAAGAGCACCUGAAGAGUGCCCAGUACAAGAGGCCACGACUUCAAGUUGACAUCUCUUCUCUGCGCUGGACCCCCCCAAAAAAGCGGCCCAAGCAAGGAAAGAAGGCCUAGGUUUUCUCAUAGGAAACAUGCUCCUGUGUGAAACAGACUGGCAUAUUGGCACAAAACUGCAUUGCGCACAGGAUAGAUUAUGCACUCGUAAGGCACAUCUUUCGCUAUUUAAGAAUCAUCGUCAUUAUCUGCGUCAUCAAUUUGUACUGUUUUGUAAUAUAGAGUAUAAAUAAACUUCAGAUGUUGAUCCGUUAA